AUGAGCUGUUUGAGGGGGAGCACGAGCAUCGACGAGAAGCCGAAGCGAACGAAUGAUGUCGAGUCGGCGGGCCGGGCCGGGGCGACGAUGUGUCGCGCGCACGCUCCGCCCACUUUUGAGUGGCGGCGCUUACGACAUUCGAAGCCCAAUCCGACGGAGGUGUUCAUCAAUUCGGAGCGCGACAUCGUCCAACGCUCGUUGGUCUUCCGCAACACGUCCGGCAAAGAUUUUGUGCUCAAAUUGAUCGCGUCGAAUCGCUCGGCGAUUCUGUUCCCGACGACGUUGUUCCGAUUCCCGCCGCACUCGUACCGCACAAUUCAGUUUCGCGUCGACACGCGCCACGUGUCGACGUUCGACAUCCCGCAAAUUCGCGGAUUCGUGCUUCCGGUUUAUAGCAAACAAUUGCGGCAGUGGAUCGAUCGCAAAGACAGCGCCGAAUGUCCGACGCAGGAGGCGUUCUGCUUGUCGAUCAAACUCAACAAGGGCUUCUCGGCGCCGUUGACCGUCGUCAAUUUGCCCGGCAACGCCACGUGCAUUGACGCCGUUGAUCAUCCGGUCGACGUUGAAGAACUUGACACCAUCACAGCGGUCAACAUUGAAAGCGAUGUCGUCACCGCUGAGCCGAUUGGCAACAUGAUGGCAAUAGUUGAAGCUCAACGCAAAAAGACCGCCGACAACUCUUGCUGGCUGUCUGGAAUCAUUUGCGGCGGUCCGACACCGAACGCCGAGCCGAAUUGCGACAAAUCGAAAUCAACCAGCCGAGGAUCGUGCAAAUCGCAAAGUCGUCGUAAUCGUCCGAACACUUGUCUGGAUGCCGCACCGUGCGCCGGAUCCUCUUGA